GGUGAUGCAAUUAGAAGGGUCCUCACUCUGCUCCUUACAUGACUCUUUAAGAGCUCAACUUGGAAACCUGUUGUUCUUCUUGAUUGGGAAGUCCAGUCUGUUUAGCUGUGAAGUUGGAAGUUCUCGAUUACUUUGUUUGCUGCAGAGAAAGACAUAGCUGUAAGAGAUGAAGGUCCAUGAAACGAGGUCACACUCUCAUUCAAACCCUGAUGAGGAGAAGAAAGUAAUGACACGGAAGCAGAAGGCUGAGAACAAGGCACAUGAAGGAGGCCAUCCUCCUAAGAAGCCUAAGGCUGAAGAUGAUUACAAUGGCCAUGCAAACGGUAAACCUUCACCUGCAGAGUUUGAGGAACUCUAUUCUGCUGUGAAAGAGCAUUUGUCAACUGAACAAAUGCGAGAAAUAUUAGAAUUUAAUGAUCAAGACUCUUCCGGCCCAGAUGCUGCUGUUCUCAGAAAAUGCCAAGAUCUGUUGUUCUAUGGGCCAUUAGAUAAGUGUCGUAUUUGCAAUGGUAAAUUGGAGUUCAAUGGUAUACGAUAUUCUUGCACCGGUACUUACAGCGAAUGGGCUUCUUGUACUCUCAACACAAGGGAUCCACCAAGGAAGCAGGAACCGACCAAUUUACCUGAGAGCGUUGAGAAGUCUCCUGCUUCAGAUUUGCUAAAGAAAUAUCAGGACCCAAGUCGCCGGCCUAAGAGGGAUUUAAGCACUCCUGAUAAGCCCUUUACUGGGAUGUUAAUUUCUCUAAUGGGCCGUCUUACAAGAUCACAUCAAUACUGGAGACAGGAAGUAGAUAAACAUGGAGGAAAGGUUGCCAAUCAUGUGAUUGGUGUGACGUGCCUAAUUGCGUCUCCUGCGGAACGAGAACGAGGUGGUACAAAUAAACUGGCUGAAGCAAUGGAGAGAGGUAUACCGGUAGUAAGUGAGAAAUGGCUGAUUGAUAGCAUUGAAAAACAAGAACCUCAGCCUCUUGAAGCAUAUGACAUUGUUACUGAUCUUGCUCCUGAUGGCAAAGGAGUCCCAUGGGAGAAAAUGGAUCCCAGUGAGGAAGCAAUUGAGUCGCUUUCAGCAGAACUCAAGCUUUAUGGGAAGAGAGCUGUCUACAAAGAUACGAAACUGCAGGAGAAAGGCGGGAAAAUCUUUGAGAGGGAUGAGAUAUUAUACAACAGUGCCGUCUCACGUUGUGAUCUAGGACGAAAACUGAACGAUUAUUGCAUCUUGCAACUGAUUAUGGUGCCAGAGAACAGCCUGAAUUUGUAUUACAAGAAAGGUAGAGUUGGGGAUGACCCCAAUGCGGAGGAAAGGCUUGAAGAAUGGAAGGACGUGGACGAUGCUGUGAAAGAGUUUGUUAGGAUAUUUGAGGAAGUAACUGGAAACGAGUUUGAACCAUGGGAAAGAGAGAAGAAAAUACAGAAGAAGCCAUUGAAGUUUUUCCCAACAGACAUGGACGAUGGAGUCGAAGUAAGACAUGGAGGGCUUGGUCUUCGUCAGCUGGGAGUUUCUGCCACACACUGUAAACUGCAGCCUGAGGUUGCGAAUUUUAUGAAGGUCUUGUGCAGUCAGGAGAUUUACAAAUAUGCUCUGAUGGAGAUGGGGUUGGAUGCCCCAGACUUACCAAUGGGAAUGCUUACAGAUGUCCACCUAAAAAGAUGUGAGGAUGUUCUUCAAGAGUUUGUGGAGAAAUUGAAAUCAGUGAAGGAAUCAGGGCCGGAGUCUGAGGCUAUCUGGUCGGACUUCAGCCAAAGAUGGUUUACCCUGCUGCACUCUACUAGGCCUUUCAUAUUCAGGAACUUUCAGGAACUUGCAGAUCAUGCUGCAGCUGCACUGGAGACUGUUCGGGACAUAACCGCGGCCUCACAUCUUAUUGGAGACAUGAGUGGGGCUACCAUUGAUGAUCCAUUGUCCGAUAGAUAUAGCAAAUUACGGUGCUCAAUCUCCCCGCUUGAUAAGGAAUCUGAUGAUUAUAAAAUGAUUCUGAAGUACCUUGACAAGACCUAUGAACCUGUGAAAGUUGGAGAUACUGAAUAUGGACUGUCUGUCGAGAACAUAUUUGUUGUGGAAUCAAAUGCAUGUCCAUCUUUGGAUGAGAUAAAGAAGCUGCCCAACAAAUUCCUCUUAUGGUGUGGGACACGAAGCUCAAAUCUAAUGAGGCAUUUGCAUAAGGGUUUCUUGCCUUCAAUAUGUUCUCUCCCUGUUCCAGGCUAUAUGGCUGGGAAGGCAAUAGUUUGCUCUGAUGCUGCGGCAGAAGCUGCCAGGUACGGCUAUACUGCUGUAGACAGACCAGAAGGUUUCCUGGUAUUGGCAGUGGCUUCUCUGGGUGAGGAUAUCAUUGAACUUAAAAGUCCACCAGAGGACACGAAGUCCUUGGAAGACAAGAAAGCUGGAGUGAAGGGCAUAGGGAAGAAGAAGACUGAUGAAUCGGAGCACUUUGUAUGGCAAGAUGACAUCAAAGUCCCUUGUGGACAAUUAGUGCCUUCGGAUAAUAAAGAUAGCAUCCUCGAGUAUAAUGAGUAUGCCGUCUAUGAUCCCAAGCAGACGUGCAUAAGGUUCUUGGUGGGUGUGAAGUACGAAGAGAAGAAUGCUGUCAUGGCCUCCGAGGAGCGACCUUGAAGCUGCCAAGAGGGAUCCAAGAAACAAGGAAGGAAGCGCACACUUUUGCUACUACACUUUCGAGGAAAUGAGGAGGCUGAGCUGAAAACACCAGAAGGGUCCCAACGACUUUUUGUUAUGUUUCUGGGACACGGGGUCCAAGCUCUUUGUGGGGAGGUUGAUCUUUUGUUGUAUAUAGUCCCCUCUUUUGUUGUACAGUAGUGUGACCAUUAACAUGUUGGGUACAGUGUAUGCUAACAUGAGGCCUGUGAAGCCUACAAAAACAGAAAUGGAUCCUGUGUAGUUCGUUUUGUAUGACUACAACUACGGUGUGAUUUUGUUGUUUAGCAAUGCCAAUCUUCCAUCUC